AUGGUAGUAUUGAAAACUGGUAAUGAAUUCUCGGAUGCGUUUAGUGGGCAAUACGAUCAAAGUGCCAUCGAUAAGUUUAUCAGUACCAUUUUAUGCAGGGGUGAUUUCGCCAAGCAAAAGCUUGACGCAAGACCGGUUUCCUUUUUUCAACUGUUUGAAAAAUCUGACACGUUUUGGUACCAAGCUUAUGUAUACAUUUAUCUUUAUGCAUCAGUCGGAGUUUCGAUGGUUAUUGUCACCAUUACACAAUAUAUUUGCUUGAAAAUUGCAUCUUUAAAUAUAACAUGCACGAUGCGAAAGGAAUACAUGAAGUCAUUAUUACGUCAGGAUGCGGCAUGGUUUGAUCAACAGAAGACCGGAACGUUGACUGCCCAACUGAACGCAAAUAUAGAAAAAAUUAAGGAUGGUAUCGGUGAUAAAGUAGGCAUGAUUUUACGUGGCAUAACAAUGUUUUUGAUCUCUCUAGUGAUCGGAUUCAUCUAUGAGUGGCGGAUAACGUUGGUAAUGCUUGGCACGGGACCAGCUUCUGCUGCGCUUUUGUCUAUCAUGGCUCGAAAAGUGGAACGUUCAAACGGCCUGCAGGUUAGUGCUGAUGGUCGUGCUGCAGCAAUUCUUGAAGAAUCAAUCAUAAAUGUAAAAACGGUAGCUGCUUGUAAUGCACAAGAAACAAUGAUCGGACGAUACGCUGCAGCACUGAAAGCGUGUCGUAAAUUUGCAUUGCAGACACAUGCAUUCGCAGGAUAUAUAUUUACUGUUGCAAAUGUGAUAAUGUUUGGUUCUUACUAUCUUGGCGUACUUAGUCCACACUUGAUGGCUGUACUUAAUGCGCGAGUUGCUGCAGCUGUUAUCUACAAAAUAAUCGACCGAAAACCAUCUAUUGAUUCUAGUUCAAAAGAUGGUAUAAAGCUGAACGAGGUAAAUGGUCUAGUAGAAUUUCGAAACGUUAAAUUUUCAUAUCCAACGAGUAAAGAACAUUUGGUUCUCAACGGCUUAUCGUGGGUAGCAAAACCGGGUGAUACGGUAGCGCUUGUGGGUCAUAGUGGAUGUGGCAAAAGCACCUCUAUUGGUUUAUUAACUUCCCUAUAUACCUGUAAUUCGGGUGCAGUGCUGAUUGAUGGAAUUAACGUGCUCGAUAUCAAUAUCCACAGUUUGAGAAAUGUUGUUGGCGUUGUACAACAGGAACCGUUGUUAUUCACCGGCACAAUCAAAGAAAAUAUACAACUUGGUAAUCCUGAUCUUACAGAUGAAGAAAUCAUUAAUGCUUGCAAAACCGCGAAUGCACAUGAUUUUAUUGAUAAACUAAGUGAGGGCUACGAUACGAGGAUCGGAGCUGGAGGUAUACAACUAUCCGGUGGGCAAAAACAACGAAUAGCGAUUGCGCGAACAAUAGCUCGAGAUCCAAGAAUUCUGCUUCUGGACGAAGCUACUAGCGCACUGGAUGCGGAAAGUGAAGUGAUGGUGCAAAACGCCCUAAAAAAGGCAUCUGUUGGACGUACAACAAUCGUCAUUGCCCAUCGAUUGUCAACAUUGCGUGAUUCUAAUCAAAUUAUAGUUCUUGAUAAAGGUCAGGUCGCUGAAAUCGGCACGCAUAAGGAGCUUUGCAGCCGAAAGGGUGGUAUUUAUGCAUCGCUGGUCAAAUCACAGCAGUUUGAGGAAAAACGAAAGGUGGCACCUGUCCCGGCUGAAGAACUUCCAUCACAAGCAUUUCAUAGAUCCUUUACUGGAAGUAGUCGGAACUCAUCAGAUUACGGUAUGCUAUCAUCAAUGACACGAGGUAGCAUUAUGAGUGGUGAUGUGAAACGUGCAUCAAUUACUAAAGAACUGUCAGAAAAAAUUAUUGGACAACAUGGAAAGAAAAAAAAUAAAUCAAAAGGUUUGUGGCAAUUGUAUACGAACUGUCACGGCAAUUACGGAAAGUUGACAUUGGCCACGUUCGUGUCAUUGCUUCGUGGGAUGGAAUUGCCAGCUUUUGUAUUGAUUUUCAAUCUUACAUUUGACGCAUUCGCACCGACGGAUUUGGAAUCAAUAAUGCGACGAAUUUUACCUGUUGCCAUUAUUUACAUCGCACUGGGUAUAGCAUGCGUAAUUGUCCUUUUUGCUGCAACAUUUACAUUUGGAUGGGCUGCAGAAUGUGUUGUAGACUUUCUACGCCUCCGAGCGCUGCGAAAUAUUCUUUAUCAAGAUGCUGCAUAUUUUGAUACGCCAUCUACAAGCACUGCUGUGACUGUCACACGUAUAUCUGUUGAUGCUCCAAACAUUAAAGCUGCGCUUGAUUCGCGAAUGAUGCAAAUUGUGAAUAACGUUGUGGCGAUUUUUGUGAUGGUUGUUGUUGCAAUAGCAUUCAAUUGGCGAAUUGGCUUAGUUGGCACUGGAAAUCUCCUAACACUUAUUUUGCUGCUUUUACUUAUUGCACGUAAAAUGCAGAAUUUGAAUAAAUGUGCCUUAAAAAAGGAUCUUACUGGUCAAGAACUGUUGCGUUUGCAGAAAAAAAGUGGCCCAUAUGAAGCAGUACUUUUUGCCGUUACAUCCUCUUUCAUGUUUUUCGGUGAUAUGCUAUCAUAUGCAGUAGGCAUUGCAUUAAUCUACUAUGGAUAUUCAACACCAAAUGAAGUUUUCACCGCUUCAAUGUCAAUUUCAACCAGUGGUUGGGCACUAAUUAUGGUUGCUGGUUGUUUGAAUACAUUUGUCAUGGCAUCUCCAGCUUCGGAUUCAUUAUUCCAGAUCAUCAAUACUGGAAGUAAUUCUGGUACUGUUGAUGAAGGCUCACGUCCAGAAAUAACGGGUGAUGUUGAGUUUAAAAAGAUCCAUUUUUCAUAUCCAACAAGGCCACAGCGAAAUAUUCUUAAUGGUCUUAAUUUAACAGCCUAUGCGGGACAAACAAUUGCUGUCACUGGACCAUCUGGAAGCGGCAAAAGUACUGUAAUCGCAUUACUGGAACGUUUUUAUCAAUUUAGUUCUGGAAAAUUGAAUUUGGAUGAUCAUUCAAUCACAAAAAUAUCACUUCGAUACUUACGCGAUCAAAUGGCACUGGUCGGUCAGGAACCGAUACUGUUCAGCGGCACAAUAGUAGAAAAUAUCUUGCUUGGUACUACUGGUAAAACAAUGGAUGACGUACGUGAAGCUUGUAGAAUAGCCAAUGCUAUUGGUUUCAUUGAAGCUUUACCAAAGGGCUAUGAGACGGAAGUCGGCGAACGUGGAGGGCAGCUGUCAGGCGGUCAGAAACAGCGUAUUGCGAUUGCCAGAGCAUUAGUUCGAAACCCGAAAAUAUUGUUGCUUGAUGAAGCGACCAGUGCAUUAGAUGUAAAAAGCGAAAGGAUAGUUCAAGAAGCACUGGACAUGGCAAGUAGUGGUCGGACAUGUAUUACAGUUGCGCAUAGGCUAUCAUCCAUUCAACACGCAAAUAAAAUAUUUUUCGUCGAAAAUGGACGAGUGGUCGAAGAGGGAACACAUCAAGAGCUUAUCGAAUUAGACGGAAAGUAUGCUGAUCUGAUCCGCAAACAAGACUUGAAGUCGUAA